CUGUGUGUGCUAGCUUUAGCAAUGUUAGCUGUGUAACGGUGAUGUAGUCAGUGUUUCAUGAUUUUUUAAUCAUUUUGACGCUGAUCGAUAUUUAUGAGGGGAAUUUAUUAACGCUCUGUGACAUGUCGAUGAAGAGCCCAUCAGAUGUGCUCAAUGAAAAUGCAUACAUCUCAUCCUCACUGACCCUUGAUCUCUGUUUAUCACAUGAAAAAAAGUUAGUCCUGAAUGACACUUCUGGGUCUCAAAAGAGUCGUCAUAAUUACUCCAGCACAACUUCCAUCCAGCUUCUCAAAGACAUUAUGGGAGGACUAGAUGAUGAUGAUGAUGAUGCAUCCCUCCGACACAAAGAAGGCGAAUGGAGCAGAAAUCAGGAAAAUGAACACAGUCUUUCUGAAAGUAACACCAAGUGGAUGAAGGAUGAUAAGAACCAGAUAUGCAAGUUAGCAGAGCAGCAGCAGCAAGACCAGAAUUUAAACUUGGUUGAGAACAAGAAUGAAUUAACAGAUACGAAUCCAAAUCAGAACUCGCAGAGGCACCAUGAAGAGAAGAACAAGACCCUGAAUGUGCUCUGCUCUGACCUGAAUGAUUGGGUGGCUGAUGAAUCUGUACUGAUUUACUCUUCUGUCAUGAUGGAGAAGAAACAGGAAGAGUCAAGAGAUGUGGAUGUAGAAGGAGAGGAAGAGGAAAAUUUAAAUCCUACUCGAGGCGAGAAUAGAGAUUCAUCUGAAAUUCAAAAGAAACGUGCUGAAGGUAGUGGUAGAAAUACUUGUUUGCUGUUCAGCAAGAAUGGCAUUCCUAGUGAUGAGGACUCCAGCUGUAUGUCACUGUCACAGGGAAGCACUGCAAGCAGCACCCCGGAUGGUGAACCAGAGUCCUAUUGGGAUGGUAGUGCAUUUGAAACUGACACGGAUCUUCCUGCUGGUUGGAUGCGCGUGCAGGACACAUCAGGCACCUACUAUUGGCACAUUCCUACAGGUACCACACAGUGGGAACCACCUGAGACACUGGAGGAGAGACCAUCAAGUGCAUCUCUUGCAGUCACACCGGCUGAUGAGCCUCAGAUUGCAUGGAAUGAUGUUUCACAGCAGAACACAUUCAGUGGUGAUGAACUCUGGCAGACGGAGGUUGUAUCUUCUGAUGAAAGUUUGAAGGAGUUUGAGGGAGCAACCCUACGCUAUGCCUCAAUCAAUCUCAGUUUUUCUCAGACUGAGGAAGAAGAGGAACAGACUUGUUUCAGCAGUAUUGAGGGUUCAAAGUGUUUUGCAGUGCGUUCUCUGGGCUGGGUGGAGAUAACAGAAGAGGAAAUGGCUCCUGGCAAGAGUAGUGUUGCUGUUAAUAACUGCAUCCGACAGUUGUCCUACCAGAAACACAAUCUAGAUGACACAGCUGGCAUCUGGGGUGAGGGAAAGGAAAUGUUGCUGGUGCUGGAAAAUGAGAUGCUGAAUCUGUUUGAACCUCAUGGACAAACACUGCUUCACUCACAGCCAAUCGUUAGCAUCCGUGUAUGGGGUGUCGGUCGUGAUGAUGGCAGGGACUUUGCAUAUGUGGCCAGGGACAAGUUAACACAUGUGCUCAAGUGUCAUGUAUUUCGGUGUGACACCCCGGCAAAAAACAUAGCCACAAGCAUGCAUGAGAUCUGCUCUAAGAUUAUGGCUCAGAGGAAGUCAUCAAGCAGACUAAGCUCUGACCCCUCAAGACUAAGAGACAUCCCUUUUCAAGAGUUCCCAGUUCCCAAGAAUGAGCUGGUCCAACGCUUCCAGGUGCGAUAUUUGGGUCGUGUACAAGUGACAAAGCCAGUUGGGAUGGAUGUUAUUAAUGUAGCACUGGAGACUGCCCUUAACAAAGACAAGAAGGACUGGACACCUGUGACUGUAAAUGUCGCCUCUGCUACACUUACUGUUCUAACAUCUGAGACAGAGGAAGUUCUCUCUGAGUGUCGUGUGCGUUUCCUGUCAUUUAUGGGAGUCGGGAAAGACAUUCACACCUUUGGGUUCAUCAUGGCAGAGGGACCUGGAGACUUUAUCUGUCAUAUGUUCUGGUGUGAUCCAAAUGCAGCCAGUCUAAGUGAGGCUGUACAGGCUGCCUGCAUGCUAAGGUAUCAGAAGUGUUUGGAUGCUCGUCCUCCCAUCAGUGGCAGCUCUUGUCUGCCCGGCCCACCUGCCGAUUCUGUUGCACGCAGAGUUGGCUCAAGUGUGAAGAAGGGUGUUCAGAGUCUGCUGGGUAGCUUCAAGAGAUCUGGAUCUCAGACCCCCUAAAAAGGAUAACACUCCCUCAUCGGUGCUCAGUGCAAAUAUGUAUUUCUUGCUUGUGUGUUUUUAUGGGCCUGAAAGUAGAGGGGUAUUUUAGAAGGUCAUGCUAUUUCAGCAGUCAUCUUGCAGUUAUCACAAAAUGACCAAGAGGACACAUUGUUACUAUAUAUUUCCUUAUUGUACACCACAUUUCUUCCCACAUAUUUGUUAGUAGAUGUACUGUAAAAGUGAUUUGACACCACUUAUGAAUGUAACUUUACAGAUUGGAUUUACAAUGUUAUGUGGACUACACUCCCUAAGGACACUAAAUAUUGUGCAUGCUUUCCCAAAACACUAACGUUAGUUUAUAUGCUAUAUGAUGUGCUUAUUUAUUAUUUGUUCUUCCUCUUACUCUAAUUGCCAACUAAUUAGACUCUUCGUGCUAACUUUGGUUGCUUGUUCAAACUCAACAUACUGAACCAUCAACUGAAAACAAGUUUUCAUCCUUCAGUAAUCCUCAAAUUGUUCCCAUAUUGAAUUUUUUUUUUUCCGGUGGAACACAUAUGUUUAUUUAUAUACAGUUAAAGUCAAAAUGAUUAGACCUCUUGUUAAACCUUUGUAUUCCUUUUUUUUAAAACAUUUCCCCAACUAGUUUAAUGUAAAGAUUUGUUUUCAACGCGUUUCAAAACAUAAUAGUUAUAAUAGGGGUAUAAGCACAGUGUGUGAAUAUUGUCAGCCUCUAGUGGUACAAAAUUAAUUCAAUUUUUUUUAUAAUCACGUAAAACCUUUCUACAUGUCAAGGGGAAGAGCCCCACUUGUUAGUCAUGAUCUCUCCCUCAUUAGCAUAUACAAGCAGCAGUCCACCAUUAAGCUGCGGUCACACUGGACUUUUCUCCCCAUAGACUUCCAUUCAUACGCAUGCGAAUGCGUCAGACCGGAAACGUAAGGUCGUGUGGCAAGUUUCGCAUUUCGCUGCAUUGGAAAGUUCAAGCUUGGUGAAUUCUGACCUGUGAAAUCACAUUACGUGAUUGCGUGAGACCAACCGAGGAUCAAAACGUGACCUCUCUGGACAGGAAUUUAAAACAUGGAAUCCCGCCUCUUUUCUCAGCAAUGUACGACAGAAUUUUGCAUGCUCAAUCUCUAAUGUGACCGCAGCUUUAGAGUUUUGAAUCUUUUGCUAUGCUCUCACACAGCCAUUUGUAGUUCCAGCAUAUUUUGAAAAGGGAACACAAUCUCUUUUCAAUCAAAAGUGACAGUCACCAAAACAGUACCAUUUGGAUCAAAGCCUAAAAGGGGCAGUUUCACAGAGUUAUAAAAAAUAGCUUGUGGUAUUUUGAGCUGAAACUGAACAUACACACUCUAGAAACAUCAAAGACUUAUUUUACAUUUUGUAAAAAUGGGCAUAAUAGGUCCCCUUUAAUUAUUAAUUUCUAAUAACAAUUUCCUUGGUCUUUGCUUUGAUAGUACAUAAUAUAUUAAUAUUUUGCAAGAUACUAGUUUUAUUUACAGUGCAAUUUAUAGGCUUAAUUUGGUUAACUAGGUAAGUUAGAUUAAUUAGUGAAAUUAUAGGAACAGUGGUUUGUUCUGAAGCCAAUCAGGGAGACAAAUUCUUAAGAAGGCUAAUAAUAUUAACCUAAAGCUGCGGUCAUACUAGAGUUUAACAGGAAAGCUAAUAUUUGUAUAUUUACAAUUAAAUGCAGUUCCACACUGCCACAGUUCUGCACAAUGCCUUUUCAUUUCUUUUAUUUUUCCAUUGCCUUGUUCCAUUUACCCACUCUGUUAAUUUGUGGAUUUAAUUAUUUUACCUUUUUUUUCCGUUUGUAAUGGAAUUAACAUAUCCUAGUCUUCCAAACUGGAUCUGCUCAUUGCUUUAAAUAGCAUUUGUUAUUACUACCUAGUAAGUUUAUUUUUGUUGCAUUAAGUGGUUUUUAUCUGAAUUUUUUAGCUCCUGAUCAAAAAUGCUCAGCAUCAGCUGUUGUUCAAGAGAGAUUGUGAAAUUUUCUGGUUAACUAGAGGGUUUGUACAUACUGGUUUGUCAUUGAAAGCGUUCCUUUUCACUCUUUAAAAUAUAAAUUAAAGCUAACUGAUUAUAUGCACAUAUUUAAAUGUUUUGUGAAUAAUCUUAAAUGUUGCAAUGCUGGUUGUCUUGCUAUAUGUAGACAUAAUUCCUUUCAAAUACACAUUGUCUUAUCGUGACACUUUUAGGAAUGUUUUAGAACUCAUUAAUAUCAAGGUCUAUAUUCCCAGUAAUGUACAUCAUUUAAUACACUUUUAGGGCCACACUUUUGUUUUUCAUGUCAAAUAACACCUAUGACUAAAGGGAAUGUUUGAAUGCAUUUAAUUAUUCAAGCGGUCUUGUCUCUGAAUGCUUCAUCUUGGCCCUUCUAACUAACGUGUGUAGGUCUAGAUAAUGUGAUGCUUAAUGUAGUACUGUUGAUUAGACUAUAGAACCAACUUCACUGUAGAAAAAGCAUACAUGUAUAUAAAUAUUUAGCAUUACAUCAACAAAUUAUAGUAUUUUUUCUUUUCUUUUUGUAAAAUACCAUUAGGGUACUUUAUAUCUGUGUGCCAGAAAUCACAGCUUUACAAAUUGCUUGUUAUAAAACAAGAAAAUGUUACUUUUCUGAUUGGUUAAACAGUUCAGUUCACCCAAAACUGAAAAUCCUGUCAUUAUUUACUCACUCUUAACUGGUCACAGACCUGUGGAGGUCCUUUGUCUGUUAAACACAAAAUAAGUUAAGAAAAAAGCUGGAUUCUGGCACCAUUGACUUCCUUGGUAUUUGUUUAGUUUUCCUACAGUAGAAGUCAAUGGUUACAGGUUUCUAACAUUUUUCAAAAUAUCUUUUUUGUCUUUAACAUAAAAAGGAAAUUUAACACUGAAGAACUACUUGAGGGUGAGUACAUUUUUAUUCUUGGGGUGAACUCCCUCUCUUCAAAUGUGAUAAGUAAAUUUGUUUCUCAAAUUUUAGCUGGUAUUUAGUGAAGUAAUUGAUCAAAUUUUUUGAUUUAUAUAAACUGAGUGUUACAUAGGUGCUUAUAAUGUGACAAUGAAAUAAACCUUUGAAAAUGCAUCUUAUGCUUAUCUUCUGAAUUAAUCUGAAUUAAAGCACUUUGGCAGUUUUUAAAACUACAAUAUCCCAGACGGUGGAGAUGAGUCCUGCACUGGGUGGUUCAUUCUGUUGUGCCAACCACAGAUGAAUUGGGGACUAAGCUGAAUUAAAAGCAACCACCUGUGCAAACUUUUUUUUGCAUAGCCUCCUAAACUUGAUAUGUAGUAUGGGCCUCUGUAAAACUAGGUGAUCUUUGAAUAUUGCAUUUCUAAAGAAAGCUUUUAAACAACAAGCUAACAAUGCUUGGACUAAGAACAUAACUUUGUGCUUGGUAUGUGUGUAAUGGAAUAUGUAUUCGUCCCGAACCACGAAGGCUCUGUUGAUGCACUCCCAAGAUGAAAUGCCAGUCCAAUCACUAGAGUUAGGCAGAAAAGACCACAGCAGUGCAGCCAGUUAAUUCGCAGUUUAGUUAUCAAGUUUUAUCUUUCAUUAUUCUGUACUUUUGCAUCACAAGUAGCUCUACAUUUCUUUAGCUGAUUGUGUCAAAACACGUCUGUCUGUUCAAAAUAAACGGAAAAGCAAGCAGA